AUGAACGACCUAGAGACAUGCGAUCAGAAGCAGGUAUGAUAUCACUUUUAUCACUGGCACGUGUAAAUAGCAACGUGAGACUUGAAGGUAUACGGCGGAUUGAUACCGAACUGCUCGGUGAGCAACACAGUCUACGAUGCCUACACGAAGACGUGCGUCACCGCGCAAGUUAUUCAGUUCGAAGAUCAGGUACGUCUGUUUCAACUAUCCGUAAAAAUCAGAGAGCAAAGAAACUAGAAAGCAACCUAUGACCUACUGAAUCACGUUGCUUUGAUUGGUUCGGGGUAGAGUGGCGUGUCGACACGAUAAUCGACAAAACUUUGGGUCGAUUAUCGAAGGGGCAUGAUCGACAAAAGUAAUGUCGAUCAACAAAAAAUGCGCGGUCUAUCGACACUGAACGAUAGUCGACUGUAUCGACAUUGUCCAUUGUUGACAUUUUCGACAAACUCUUAAGUCGACACUUCACUCUAGUUCGGGUUGUCUUAGACUAAUUCUUCGUAAUUAAUUCGUUUUUUCCUGUUUAGGAGAACGAGGUAAAAAUGCAGAUCAUCUACGGAAUCAUUCUGCCGUUGCUCGCCGUCGCUGUUGUAGUCUCGAACAGCAUUGUGAUACUUGUGCUGAGCCAACAGAAAUCGGUAUGCAAUGUGACGACUCAAAUUACUCGGAACAGAAGUCUAUCUUCUUUUCUGUGUACUUGGGUAAACAAAAAAUGAAAGGCUCUGAAAGAGAGAAAAAAAAUAGAAAAACAUGAAGUGCAUAUAAAAUAUUACCAAUUUCGCGGGAACGUCUGAUGAGAAACAGGAAAGGCAGUAGGAAUAUGUGUAUUAUUAUGAUGGGAAUUAUGAAUUGAUGAUCUCUGAUGCAAUUCCAGAAAAGAGCCAGCGUGGAACCUCUUCUAUGGAUGGCAAUCUGCUCGCUUCUGAUGGCCAUUUCGCCUCUUCCGUUCACAAUUUACUACUACAAUCUCAGCCAUCAUCAGGACUUCAAUCAGACCUUGUUUUUAUGUUAUCUCCAGAAAGUUUGCAUGGAGAUUUUGCCGUUCUUCUUCAAUACACUGGUCACAUUAUUCACAAUUUUGUUAGGUGUUCAAAGGUGAGUGCAUAGAAAGGUAUGGUAUUCUGGAAAAGGAUGUUUAGAUUCAUAGCAGUUCAAUAUCCGCUGCAAUCGAUCCGUUGGUGUACUCCUCGGAUGGUCCGUCGCUACUCAAAACUGAUCCUUCUAGUUGCCAUUCUCCUGACUGCUGUCCAUUCGAUUUAUGAUAUCAGAUUACUGUAUCAUUUUUGCAUUAGGGUAAUAUUUUGCUUUAUUUAUAUGUUCCUAAGCUUCUAUUUUUCAGUACGGAGACGAGACAUUCUGGGUGGCAAGGUGCUUCAUCGGCUAUUCUUCCCUAACUUCUGCCAUGGGAGCAGACGCCUUUUCAGCGGUUAGAAAUUACUUUUUUCUUGAAAAUCUUUUCGAAAAUUCAGAUCUUUGACUAUUUUCGCAUCGGAUUAGUGGUAUUAUCGAGUGGGCUGCUCUUCGUUGUCACUAUUCUUCUCAUACAAACGAUAAGGACAAAUGACAAUCAGAAGCCAGGGUAUGAUCCGAUUUACCCGAAUGAAAGGGUUGGUGUCUAUGAUUGUGUUCGUUUAGAGUGCAUCGUCAUAAGAAUAGAAAGACUUCUACGAAUACCACUAUUAUGCUCACUGUUAUUAUUGUUAUCUACAUGCUUGCCCGGUACAUAUCUUCCAUAGCAACUUCUGUUCCCUUACCCAAAGUCAUUUCAGAGCGCCAUCAACAUUGCUCAUUCUCUUAGUCAAAAUAAUGGAUUACAUGCCGGUUCCUCAAGUCGCUUUCGAGAUAGUCAACAAUGUUUACCUCCGCGUCUUUGCCAACAUCACCGUCAUUUCGCUUCAUCCGAUCUCUUUCGCCGUCUACAUGUUCAUGUCUCGCAAGUUCAGAGUGUCCCUCAGACGAUUAUUAGGUAAUCUAACUCAAUAGUUUGAAAAUUACAAUACAUAGAUUCGCAGGCUGGCGAUUUUUGGCGUCAGAUGAGGAGUUCAACGCAUUCACCUCUUCCACACGGAUUCAUACCGGACACCCGAAGAUGUCUUUGGUUGAAAAAGAGGACUUGUGGUACGUCCGAAUUCAAUUAAAUUAACAAAAGAUGACUGAUGUAAUGAGUAUGUUAUGGUGUUUUGGAUGUGGUAAUGAUGGAUUGGACAUUGUGCGUACGUGAGAAAAGUUGUUUUGAAUUGGCUUGAAUACUUGGAAUAACUUUCUUGCAAGCUAACUGCAUUUCCGACUGAACAGCUUGGAUAGAAUGAACCAAACUUCUGAAUAGUUCUUUGUAAUGAAAUCCCUCCCCUGCAUGUAUUUGCUCCUCUUAACGCAUUCCCCAUUUUCAUCUUUCCCUUCCCUCCACACCCUUCCCCCCAUCUAUCCAUUUCAGCGGAGUUCGAUUGCCAAACAACGUGCGUGGGCAGAAACGUGGAAUGUCGGUCGACUUCAAAGUUGCUUUCGACGUCGAACCGCAACGGAGAAGACGUGCGACAACUGCGGACGCCAACCACGCCAACUUCCGGAGAUUCGACGGCCCGAAGAACGGUGAUCUGGAGGCGAAAGCGAGUGCGGAAAUGUGA